CAUUCAACAUGAACUGCGGUUCCGCUCAUUAAUGAGAGGCUUAAUUCGAUCCGUUCAACACGGACUUCUGGAUUUAGGAAUGUUUGUUCUUUGGAUAGUGGUGUGCUGCUCCCAGUGUAUGUUUCCUUGUGUUGAGUCUAGUUCGUCUUCAAAAAAGAAAAAAAAAGCUUGCUGUUCCGAAGUUGAUUUGGUUACGGUGUUAUUAGUAGUGACUGUACACAUUUAAAG